AGGGGACGUGAAACACCAGCUGCCUUUUGGUUCUCCUUUGUGUUCAGAGUGGAUGAGUCUGUGCCUUUUAGAUCCCAUCUCUACAGCUGGGGGCUGAGAUAGGAGCUCCAGAAGUGUAAGCAGAGGCAGCAGCCACUGGUCUGGACCUCAUUUCUUGCUGAGAGAAAGCUGGGAGCCACGAUGGGGACAGCCUUGCUCCCACCACUGAUCCUGCUGCUGUUCAUCCAGAUGCUGUUCAGUGCUAAGUACUGGGCCAGGGCCAGCAAUGAGGAGGAGGAGGAGGCAGCUGCUGUGUGUGCUGGGACUGCCUGCUAUACUGCCCACUGGGGCAAGCUCAGUGCUGCUGAGGCCCAGCUUGGCUGCAGUACCAAUGGAGGAAACCUGGCCACAGUAAAGAGUGAAGAAGAGGCCCAGCAUAUCCAAGAAGCCCUGGCCCAGCUGCCUGACAGGGAGGCCCCAGCCCGGACAGUCAAAUUCUGGAUUGGGCUUCAACGGGAAAAGAGCAAGUGUAUGGACCCCAAUGACCCACUGAAGGGCUUCAGCUGGCUUGGAGGUGGUGAGAACACAUCUUACUCCAACUGGCAUAAGGAACCCAUGAACACGUGCAUCUCCAAGCGCUGCGCCUCCCUCCUUGUGGAUGUUUCUUCAUUCUCACUUGCUGCUGCCCACUCGAUCCCCAAGUGGUCAGAAAGUCCAUGUGGAACACCAGGUUCACCAGUCAGGAACAUUGAGGGCUACGUGUGCAAGUUCAGUUUCAAAGGUAUGUGCCACCCUGUGGCCCUUGGGGGGCCUGGUGAAGUGACUUACACAACACCCUUUGGGGCCAGUAGCACUUCCCUGGCUGCUGUGCCUUUUGCCUCAGCAGCCAAUGUGAACUGUGGGUAUGGAGGUGAACAAAGAAGUCACUACCUCGUGUGCAAGGAACGAAGCCCCAACCUAUUUGACUGGGGCACCCCAGGCCCUUUCUGUGCCUCCCCGAAUCAUGGCUGUGCCUUCAACAAUGGUGGCUGCCAGCAGGAGUGCUUAGAAGGAGGGGAUGGUUCAUUCCUCUGUGGCUGCCGUCCAGGAUACCGUCUUCUAGACGACUUGGUGUCCUGUAUCCCCCGAGACCCGUGUCAUCCCAACCCAUGCAGGGGAAAGGCAAAGUGCAGUCCUGGAGGUCCUGGACAGCACUAUGAGUGUCACUGUCCUGCAGGCUUCAAGCCCACUCCAAAUCGUCUGGAUUGUGAUGAUGUGGAUGAGUGUAGUAGAUCCCCAUGUGCCCACAAUUGUGUCAACACUCCUGGUAGCUUCCAUUGCACCUGCCACCCAGGUUAUGAGCCCCAAGGCCAUAAUGGAAUGGAAUGCUGGGAUGUAGAUGAAUGUGCUGGGGACGGCUCCCCCUGUGCACAGCUUUGCAUCAACACUGAAGGCUCUUUUCAAUGUGCCUGUGAUAAGGGCUACAAGACUACCGGGGAAGAUGGAACCCAGUGCCAGGAUGUGGAUGAAUGUGAUGAGCCAGAAAACCCCUGUGAAAGCCUCUGCUACAAUGGACCAGGGUCUUUCCUGUGUGGCUGCCAACCAGGAUGGACUUUAGCACCCGAUGGUGUCUCCUGCAUUGUCAACCACACUGUAUCGGGUCUUCCAGAUGGCAGUCACCAAGAGAAGGAUGAGAAGGAAGGAGAGAGGAUGAAUGAAAUGGAAAAUGAGGAAGAGGAAAAGGGGAAAGAAAAAGAGAACAGUGGUUCUUCUCCUUCAGUUUUGGACACAACCAAGAGACCCAAGGUCACCACAGGAACUAGCAUUCCCUAUAAUGUGGCACCUACGAUGGGGGGACCUUCCCAAGAGACUAAUUCUCCCAUCACUCAAGACCCUUCUAGGCCUCCUACAUUCAGUAGGAAACCAAGAAUUCAGGUGACCUACAGCAUCCUUCACCCCACAAUGAUAGCCACUGAUGAAGAAUCACAGAAAGGAGAAUCCUUGACCAAUGGAAGCGAUGAUGACACUGAUGAUCAGAAAUUGCUCCUGUUUUAUAUCUUGGGGACAGUAGCAGCUACUUUGCUUCUUCUUGCUAUGGCCCUGGGGUUAGUGUUCUAUCGCAAGAAGAAAGCAAAAAGGGCAGAGAAGAAGAAGUCCCCUCAGAAUGCAGCUGACUGCUACUCCUGGGUCCCUGAGCAGGCUGAGACCAGGGCAGUAGAAAAUGAGCACAGGUAAAGCCUGGCAAUCUAUAGGGAGGAGAUGGAGGCAAGGGAAGCCAACAAGAGGGAGGUGGGAGGGAAGUGUUCUUGUUAGGAGGCUAUGAACCCCAACAGAGAUCAAACCGAAGUCAGGAGACAAAGCUACCACAAUCAAUGAACAAUCUGUCAGAACAGUACUUUAAAUUAAACUGCUACAGACACAAGGGUAUUAUGGGCAUUUUGAUAUGUGUGUAUACAUGUAAAGAAUAUAUAAAUAUAUGUGCAUAGUUCUUUGGGUAUAUGUCCACACACAAUAAGAAUGGACUCCAGUACCUAUAUUUGUGUAACGAAUUAUGGGCAUUGAGAGCAUUUGCCAAGACAAUCUAUGUUUCAGUCUAUUGUCAUCAUUAACUUUAAAUGACAUUUUAAAAUAAUAUAUAAGUAUAUACACAUACAUACAUUCAUGUGUAUAUGCAUAUAUAUACCCACACAUACAUGUAUAUGUCAGCAUGCUUCUCAAGUUUGGAACUGGAACUGAAGCAAACAAUGGUAAACCUGUGCUCUGGGGACAUUCUUUUUUGUGUCAAUUCUCUUUUCAAAGCAGAUGAUUUGGACUUACAUCUAUUUCCUAUGAGUGAGCAGCAUACACAGUACCUUUAAAACCAGGGACAGAAUUUGUGGGGACCUGGAUUUUGGUUCUGUGGUUACAUAAAUGUUUCAUGAGUCUCAACAGCAGGCAUCCACUGUCCCUUUUCAUGUUCUGUUGGGGCUUAAUUGAAUUUUUUUUCAACCAGCAUUUUGUGAAGUUGUUCAUGAUAGGAAAGAAAAAGAAGAGGUUGGGCUAGGAGAAAUUAUAUGUUAAAAAUUAUUUUUUUUAAUCUUUUCAUUUCUUUUCAGUAGUCUUAAAAAAAGCCGGUUGGAUGAAAACCAUGAAUUCUUUUUUUAUAACAGUGGAAAUAGUCCCUCAGGUCAGAGUUGGUAUUGAAGAGAGCACUUAAUUAACACUGCAUAUGUUACCAAAUAAAUGUCUAUUUUCUUGCUUGUUUUGCAUGAGUUGGAUAUUGAAGGAACUCACUAGGAUAGGCAUGUAUGAAGUGAAUUUUCUUAAUAGUUGUGUAGGAUUCCUCUUUCCCAAAUUGUUGGUUUCAAAUCUAUUCAGAACCUUAUGAUUUGUGGGAGAAGUUAUUUUAAGUGAAUUAAAGGUGCUAUUUUUUAAAUGUUUACCCCAAAGGUUUAAAGAAAGAAAAAUAAAAAAGAUCCAAUUAAGCAAUGCCCCUGGGACAUUUUCAGACCUGGCUAGGUCAGAUUUAGUCCCUGCAUCUCUAGAAAGCACUGAGGCCAUGUGGCAGCAGAAUAAGGUCACAAUUCAUUAGGCUUGAACUUUAUUGCAAUGUUCAGUUACACGGUGAAUUCAGCCCAAGGACCCACAUAUUGGUGAAUGCGGUUUGGCAAUAGGGAUAAAUUGUCAGGGGUCCUUCAUGAACAUGCUCUUAGAGGGAUCUAAGGAACCACUCCUUUUUGCUUGAGCCCUGACUAUAGCUGCCCAGAUAAGUGAUUCACCUGGGUGAAGAGCAUCCCUUUUAUACUUUAUUUUUUUCUUUCUCUUGUGCCUGGGGCCAAUUUGUCUACUGAAGUUCAACUGAAUUUACAUAAUGUGUACAUGUCUGUGUGUAUGUAGGGUGGGUGGGUAGAUGUCAGCUUCAUAUCUGGGAUAAGAAUUUAUUUGGGGAAAUUCGAUAAGUCCCCAUGGGCCUUUCUCAAAAGUGGAUGAAAGAAAUGUUGGUGACUGAGGGUAAAAUUAACUUUCUUUCUUUCUUUCUUCCUUCCUUCCUUUCUUUCUUUCCUUCUUUCUUCCU